GUUUUAUUGCCCUGUUAUAACAAGAAGAGGACUCUGAACCCAAGGCUGGUUAUGCUGUUUAUUUUAAGUCCCGCAGAAGUCUCAGACCAUCACAUGUAUUAUUGUUGGUGAAAUUGGUGUCUCUACCAUGACAACCACCUCCAUGAUUCCCUUCAAACCAAAGGUCACAGCCAUAAACAUGAGAUUUUAUGACCAACUAUCUGCAUUUCCCUCCACCCAAGCAAGGUAACUCAUACAGAGAAUCUUCAGAGGCUCAGAGAGGAUCUUAAUCUGCUUCUGAGGCUUCACCAGAGCAUUAGAGAAAAAAGUGGAAUACAGCAAUAAUGCCUUCCACAGACAAGACUCUGCAUUUCACAUCCAGUGCAUUGGCUACUUCUGUAUCCAUUGGGCUGAUUGGAUAUGGCAUGUCAACAGAGUGGGCUAAGACAACCAUGGAUUGUGCAUCGAAUGGAACUGCUACAAUCAUCCUGAACCUUUUUGAUGGAAUUAUUAAGAAAUCUUGCCCCCUAUUUGGAGGUCAAGCUAAGUUUCAAGUGAUUCCUGCAUUGGCAGAUGGAGAAACUGCCCCUGUAGUCCUACAUGGUUUGGUUCUGUGCCUUCUGGUCCUCUGUCUGCUGUUUUCAGCAUGCAGCAUCCUCAUCUCGCUCUACAACAGUGUCAGCAACCCUUAUGAAACCUACCUGGGGCCAGUUGGAGUCUACAUCUGCAGCUCUCUCAGUGUUUGCUUGUCUGUGUUAGUCCUUAUCCUAUUUGUGGUGAACAUCAGUGUGACCAACAUGGCAGAAGCCUUGGCAGAAAAGUUUACUGAGAAUCUUUCACCCUCAGACCUGAGGAACAAGGUUACAGUGAUGCAGCCAGGAUACUACCUGGUCAUCCCUUACACAGUGCUCGCUCUCAUUGCCAUCGCAUUGAUCUACGCCUACGACCAUGCAGCCUACACACGCAAAAAAGAGCAGCAGAAGCCGACAGAGGAUGCGCCUGUGGACUUAACGAUGUAUUAGUGCAACAGAGACCAUGGAGUAAGUUUUCACUGACACUGAUAAAUGAAAGACUUUCUCAAGAAACUUACUGUAAUGAAAGAUGACAUGACUGUGGUUAUGUACAGUAAAACGUCUGGAUAUACGGUAAAGUCUUGUUCAUGUAUAAUAGAUUUAUAUUUAGUCGUACCACCUUAGGAACAGUCUGGUCUGAUUGACUGCCUUACACUUAAAUAUGAUGUUUUAAUGUCGCAUUAUGAGGAGCAGUUGCAUAGUUUCAGCAUUUUGAUCAAAUUUGAUAUAAAGGUAUGACACUGUAAAUUAUUUGCUCAUACAUUACAUAUAUUA